CCGCCGGCUCCGUCAGCCGCGGCGUCGUCGUCCUCCGUGGGAUCGCCCGGAACGGCGGCUGGGGCGAGGAGGGGCCGGACCAUGCGGUGGAAGCGGAGCCCUUGGAGGCCUUGGCGGCUUCCCCGGCGCUCGCUGCUGGCCGCCCUCUUCCUCUUCUCGCUUUCCUCGUCCUUCCUCUACUUCGUCUAUGUGGCUCCCGGCAUCGUGAACACCUACCUCUUCAUGAUGCAAGCUCAAGGCAUCAUGAUUCGUGAAAACAUGAGAACGAUAGGAGCUCAGGUUUAUGAACAGGUGGUCCGCAGUGCCUAUGCCAAGAGGAACAGCAGUGGGAAUGAUUCAGAUUACCCUCUUGAUUUGAACCACAGUGAAAGCCUUCUGCAAACAACAACUUUUCUUCCUGAAGAUUUUACCUAUUUUCCAAACCAUACCUGCCCUGAAAGACUCCCUUCUAUGAAGGGCCCUAUUGAUGUAAAUAUGAGUGAAAUCAGUAUGGAGGAGAUUCACCAGUUCUUCUCCCGAGACCCUACUAUCAAACUAGGAGGUCACUGGAAGCCUAAAGACUGCCUGCCUCGUUGGAAAGUGGCAAUCCUUAUUCCAUUCCGCAACCGUUAUGAGCAUCUUCCAGUCCUCUUUAGGCAUCUUAUUCCAAUGCUGCAACGCCAGCGUUUACAGUUCGCCUUUUACGUUAUUGAACAAGCUGGCAACCAACCCUUUAACCGUGCCAUGCUCUUCAAUGUUGGCUUUCGGGAAGCAAUGAAGGACUUGGACUGGGAUUGUUUGAUCUUCCAUGAUGUUGACCAUAUACCUGAAAAUGACCGUAACUAUUAUGGAUGUGGGCAGAUGCCAAGACACUUUGCAGCAAAGCUGGAUAAAUAUAUGUAUCUCCUUCCUUACAACGAGUUCUUUGGAGGAGUGAGUGGCUUAACAGUGGGACAGUUCAGAAAAAUCAAUGGCUUUCCAAAUGCUUUCUGGGGCUGGGGCGGAGAGGAUGACGACCUUUGGAACAGGGUGCACUAUGCAGGCUACUUUGUUACCCGGCCAGAAGGUGAUACUGGGAAAUACAAAUCUAUUCCCCAUCACCAUAGAGGUGAAGUACAGUUUUUAGGAAGGUAUGCACUGCUGCGGAAGUCCAAAGAGAGGCAAGAACUGGAUGGCCUCAAUAACUUGAACUAUUUCCCAAAUGUUACGUAUGACGCCUUGUAUAAAAACAUAACAGUCAACCUGACGCCAGAGCUGGCUCUGGUGAGUGAGUACUAAAAGAAUAUGAAAAGAAGAAAACAUGAGAAAUUGUUUUGUUGGUGUCUCCUGGACAAGAAGAAUCUUGUGUCUAAUGAAGGAUCACAGUAUUUUGAAGAAUAAUACUCAAAGCACGCACACAGAUCAUCAGACUGUAGACCCACUCAGACUGUGCAGCGAGCUUGGACUUCACUUGCUUUUGAUUUCUUUUUUUAAAGAACAAUGGUGUGACCUGCUGCUUUUCCCAGCAUUCCAUCUCCUCAAACAAUGUGUAACACCAGACUGAUCAAAUGUGCUUUUCUGCUCAUAAAACCAGUUUGGCUGCAAGGAUGCAAUGGUUUCUUGACUCUGAAUGCCGGAAGCUAUCCUGUAGGCAACUGCCAGAAUGAGAGAUGAACUGCUACCAAAUGAUAUCAUCCUUCUACAUUUGUGUUUGUAUUGGUUUUUUAAUUGACCUGCUUGAAGAAAUAUAAAUAUAUAAAUAUAUAUACAUAAACACACACACACACACACUCACUCUCUCUCUCACACACAAACACACAUCAGAAUCGCUUCUUAAAGAAGUGUAGGUGUAAAUAAGCUGUAUAAAUUGCUUUCCUUUCUUUUUAAAAAUCUUUUACACUCCAAAACUAAAGCUGAAGGUUUACAACUUAAGAUAUUUCAAGUAACCCCACCUGUGCAGACACUUCACAUCAUGAUGACAGGUAAUUCUCCACAGGACUAUUUGUCUGGUUCUUCACAGGAGUGGGAUCUUGUCAGGAGGUUGUGAAGCCUUAGAAAUUGAAGCCAUUUCUUGAAUAGGGAGGGAGAAUCUGGCUUUAGGAGUAGGAAUUUCAUUCAUGAAAGACAAGUGUUGCACAUUUUGUAGUCAUAUAGUCUUUCCAAUUCCUUUUCUGAUCCACUAGAUUCUGUUGUAUAUCCCACUGUGGCAAUGAACAGCAGAAAGAUUUCUCCCAUAUAGCUUCAUCUUUAUAAGGGACAGGUUCUCCAAAAGGUUGUUGAAGAUCCACUUGCCCCUCUUAUCUUCACAUUAUUUGUUCAGGCUAAGUUUGCAAAUAAUUCAAAAUCUACAGUGAUUCCUGUAACUGUAAGUGGCAGGUUAUGAGUAGUAUUUUGAUAGAAUUUUUGUGUAAAUGAGACAGUACUGAGCUAAUAUAGGCUAAAAUCGUAGGUUAGCAUUCUUGGUUGUUACUAUUACCCAGAGAAGCACUGUCUAAGUGCAAAUACUGGGAUGACUAUAUCCAGACUCCAAAUCAUAAUUAAAAGAAUGAAGGGCAUUGAGAUUAGUUCAGGAGGAAAUGUGAGCAUUGGACAGAAGUGCUUCAUCUCCAUCCAGGUUCACAGACCUAAUUUUUGUUUGGUCUUAGAUUUGUGCCUUUUUAUUUUGUUUCUCUUUCUUUUCUGGUUUAAAACCAACCCAUCUGUCUAUACAGUAUGGAAAAACUUGUUUUUUUAAACUACGGCUUGUAACUCUGGUAAAUGUCUUAUUGGAUUACUCGUUAAUAUAUUUAUAGACAGAGAUUGUGAGAACUUAAAGUGAGAAGUACUUUAAUUUCUUUUAUUGCAUUGUUGCCUUCUAUUACUUUACGAUGCAUAGUUUACAGUUAGUUUUCUGGUUUUGUUGGAUGUAUGACUCCCUCAUAUAUAUAUCUGUUGUGGGUGCGAUUAGCCAGGCCUGUUUUCUUGCGUGUCUCAAAAGUGUUAAGAAAGAGUGUGUGCGUGCGUGUACGUGCACGCGUUUAUGUGUGCAUUUGUGUGCGUGCGUGCAUGCACACAUGUUCAUGCACACAAUUCCGUGUGUCUUAUCAGCCCACAUGAAGGGGCAGCAAGUCUGCUCUUGAGAGUGCUGGUAAGUGUGCUUUAAAAUGCUUCAUAAGGGAACCCUUCAUGACUGCUACAGAGGUGAGAAUUUGUGUCUUUUUUGUUUUGUUUAAUGGCACAUAAAGCAAUAAAGACUUCUAAAUUUUAAUAUUUUCAGAUGUGGAUAACACACCUUUUCCUUGCUCUUUCCUUUUUAACCCAAGAAAGCUGAUAGGAACAACGUGUCUAUUGAAUGGUGCUUCAGUUGAGGAAUGUAUUUCAAGUUACCUGAAUUGACCAUCACAUGAACAUUUAUUCAAACAAACAUUAGACUUGUAGGGCAGUUGAACUUCUUAGGCUUUCAAGAUGGAUGGCCAUCCCUUGACACUCUUUCUUACAUAAGAAAAGUAAUUACCUCUGCUCAGAAAUGCACUUGUUAAUUGGCAUGAAAGGGUCAAUUUCACUUCUUAAUCAGUUAUUUUUCAUUUAUUGUCUUUUCUCCACUCACUUUUGCAUUCUCUUUCCCUCUUUAAAAAUGUGGAAUCUCUUCAAAAUGUGCACUGUUACUCUUAUCAGCUAAGUCAAAUACUGUAUAGUAAAUGUAAUUGUUGAAAACAUAAUUGUCAAGCGCAUGUGGUGUAAUGGUGUUUUUUAAAAUCAUUUUAAAAAGUACAUUGGCAGCUGAAAUUUCAACAAGGCCACUGCUCCCCAUUUUCCUCUGCACUGUCAGCUAACACUGCUGGGGGCAGAAUGCUAUGAUAAAAUGCGUAUGUUUUUGUAUGAGCGAUGUGGUCUUUAUUUGCUAAAAUGUUUGUUUAAAAUCUACUUUUUGUAAAAGCUCCUCUUGAAUGAAUCUACCAGCUGAGCAAACGCCAUGCAUUUCAGAAUACCUACUGUCAAAGAUAGCACCAAACCAUAUGUAACUUCCUUUCAUCCUAUUGUUUCGAGCUUGCUCUUAUGUUUUCUAUGAGGUGCCAGGGGUACAUUUUUGCACUGAUAUUUAGUGUUUUAAAACACAUACAAUUUCAGCAAAGCAAUCCUUUGUGUCAUUACAUUACCCAUGUGUUUGUACAUUUUUGUAUUUGUUAAUUUAUGAAUCAUUUUUUUCAGUAAAAAGGAUAUAUAUUCAAGAACCAGGAAA